CUAGUUAUACACUAAAAUCUAGUUAGAAGCAGUUAAAACACUCAAAACAAUUUUGUAUUUACUAAAAUAAGGUGGUAUGGUCAUUAUCACAAUUGUGACCUAUUUUGAUGCUAUACUUAAGAGAAAUGCAAGGGAAUGUGGUUCGAUCACAUGAUUGUAGUUAACUCAAGAGUGUGUGUCUGUGCGCCGCCGCGGCUGGUUAAAGACAGUGUGGAGUUAUUAUGGCGCUGCCGAGGCCUCUGCAGCUGCUGGAGCUGCUGUUAUACGCCAGCUGUUUUAUCUGCGGGAUCAUCACAGCCGCCUCUGUUACAAUCUCACAGGGCAGUUUUGAUGGGAAGUGCAUGCUGUAUGGUUCAGUGCGUUUGAACUCCUCAUCCAUCGGUGUGCUUUCAUCCAGUUCUCCUUCCCUUUGUUACUUUGUGUCAGCCAUCUCAGUGUGUGUGGCCGUCUUCUGCUUUUCACUCACACUCUACUGGAUCUACAUGGCCUGUGUUGACGGAGAGGUGAAACGAGAGAAAUUAUGGAUGAAUGUUACUCUUGGCUUGUCUGGAGUCUUCCUCUUCUUCCUCUUGGUGACUGGAUGCAUCCUGAAAAUCGGCCGAGACAGACUGUGUGACUCAGUGACUCAAACAGUGAGAAAUAUAACCAGGUGUGAAGAAGCAGAAACUAAGCUUUGGAUGAAACCUAUAAUUGGAAGUCAGUUCUACUCCAGACUACACAGUGCAGAGACAGCAGUAUGGGUGAAUUUCUUCAUUUGGUUGAUCAUAGCAGUUCUGGUCCUGGUCCAGCGUAACAAAGGGUCAGAAAUCCGGUCAGAAGGAGAGGACCCAUCAGUGACCCCUUCUGAAACCGAGCCCUUCUUCAACCGCCCAGGACGUUCUUAGUGAACAGAGACACAGCUAAUCUAUGUCACUCCACACUAAAGCAGUCCGUGUGCCGCUUGAACACACUCACUCACACAUACAUACGCUCGCAUUGACAAUCGCACUGCUGGCUAGCAGUUUGGUAGCUGAGCCGAGAGGAUUUUGGCAGCUUCAGUAUACGGUCUUGAUUUUGUUCACUAGGAUUGCCAAGGGUUAGUUGCCAUGGUUACUGAUCUGUGGCUGGCAGCACAGACCUGGCAGGUGAUAGUGUGCGGUUGCCAGAUUGGUGGUGUGACCUGAACUGAUUGAGACACAGCUUUAUGUAAAGAGAUCAAAUCUGACAACAUUGUCAGUGUUUUCAUAAGCGGCAAAUCUAUCAAAAAAUAAACUUGAGUUUAUACGCAAAUCUUAAAAAAAAAAAAGGCUUUGUUUUUAGUGACUCACUGGCUAAAACAUUUCAUGAGUACAUAUGUCAAUUCAGGAACAAAGACUUUUGUAGAAUAACAACCAUUAAAUUGAACGUAACUGACCUGGAGUCAAACCAAGUUAACCACUGUACUGUAACUUUUAACUUAAGCCUGCUCUUUGUUAAUGUGCAACAUUUUCGCCCUCUGCUGUCUGUUUUUAUGAAUUACUCCAUCAAUCCCAUUAGACUGUGCUCAUGUGCCUAUUUUGUGGGCCAGGAAUCUCUCAUAAGUAUUUUUUCCCCCCUAAUUUCACAUUUCUCCUACUCAUAGUCCUUGGUGUCCUUAACAUGAGCAAAACUGCUUGAGAGUGUCUUUCCGAGAGUGUUUGGCUAUUAAUCUUGUGCCCAGUAGAGAUGUCAUUUUUAAUGGCUUUUUCCUGCACACAGCCACGGGAGGUUGGAGUGUGUGUGUGUUUGGGAUGACAGGGACAUAAAUCCAUAAUUUGGCCUGUGAUGGUAUCCGCUUUCCAUAGGCGACGUGCCAAAUCCGAGGUGCUGCCCACAGCACUAAAUUCCUCAGAAACACAGUGUCCUUCCGCCCAUCCCGGCAACACAGUGUCCACUAAAUGCUUCAUCAUCAUCAAAUAAUUUCUUCUCCUCUUUUUUUUGAAUUUUUUUUUUAUGUAACUUUGUACAUUUUCAUUUAACUUGCUACUAUUGUUUUAGAACUGCUGGUUAUGGAUUAUACACUGAUGUUUUUAUGAAUACUAAAUGUGUUGUAUAACCCACUAUGUCAGAGUGUAUCGCUGUGUGAAUAUUUCAAAGCAAUUAAAUUUGUCAACCAAGUG